UUUUAUUGUAUUGUAUUUUGUAUUGUAUUGCUCUUGUUUGCAGGAGGAUGCCAGGCCCGACCGGGACUCAGAGCCAUGAGCUCAUUCCUGGAUAUGUAACAUCUCUGUCUUGUGAGUUUGUUUCUGUGUCCACAGGUCCGGCUCACAGGAAGAGAGAGUGGCAGAGAGACAGCCAGCAGAGCCCAGAUGAUGGACGUCCGUCCACUUCUCCUCAAGACUCUCGCAGAGCAAAGGCAAAGGCAGAGGAAGAGGAGAAGCUUCAUUCCCGUGACUGGAGCGGCAUCAUCCCAGACCAGAGAACUGCAGCGAUACCUGAGAGAAGAGCUGAGGGCGUCUGUGCUUUCUUACGGAGAAUCGGGAAGGCUGUAAAGCUUGACUGCAGUGAGGUCGAUACACUAGUGUCCACAUAUCCCUCCUGCAAUCCCACGGAUGUCCAGCAGGAUUCAUCCGAGUUUUACUGGGCAACACCAGUGCAUCCGUGUCCAUCUGGAGUCCAGCUGCCGGUUAAUGCCGAUCCGGACGAUCCCGAACGCUCAUGCACAUCUGUCCUGGACCCAGAGCCGGCACCAGAUCUAGAGCUGAUGUCUUUCUCAGGAUUGUCCAGUCUCUCUAGUAUCGAGCUGACGCCGGACUCUAUUCAGGACGAUCCUGACGAUCCAUCGUCUGUCCCGGAUUUUGCCGAAAGCCAAACAAAGAAGAAGAAGAAAGAUGUGGGUGCGUUUCUCCGUAGGAAAUGGAGGGCUAGGAUAGCGCCGGCUGUUGAAAAACAAUCAAGAAGGAGGGUGAAGAAAGACAUCAGCUCAUUCAUCCAACGAACGUGGAAAACUAUAAAGGUUUCCGCUCUUGGUUGUUACGGGGACGACACAGUGGACCCAGAUCCAGCAGAUCUACAGCCACAAAUAUCUGUCCUCUCCAGGGACUUAACCGAGCCAGGUCCAUCUCACCGCGAGAUCAGUUCUGACCAGUUACCCUUCUCGGGUCCAUCUCACCGCGAGAUCAGUGUAGACACGUCACCCUUCUCAAGUCCAUCUGGUUCCCAGUCAAGUUUCUUUAGCUUCGAUUCGUCAUCGUCUGCUCCAUGUCUGACCGAUCUUCUCUCAGAGUUAUCAAUUUUAAUGGGAGAUUACGAGCCUGUUUCCAGUUAAUCCAGUCUCAAGCUGAUCCUGAGCUGAGUUGUAGGACUGUGCACACGUUUCUUUUCUGUAUUGACUAAGCCUGGAUUGCGGAAGAAUCAUCAAACUGAAGCUGAAAUUGGGCAACCUGAUAUACACGGACACUGUUGGUUGAGGACUAAAUACAGAUACAGUCCGAGGCUCUGACUCGCUGACACAGUUUAAAACUGGAUUAAAGACGCAUCUCUUUAGUCAAGCAUUCA